UGCGGACAGAUCUUGCCUCCCAUUACCAUGAAGACUCUGGUCCGUCUUGGCCUCCUCCUGGCUGCGCUCCUGGAUGGAAGUUCCUGCCUGAUCUGUGAGACCUGCAUCAGCCCUGGUGAAAGCUGCACAGGUCUGGCUCAUCCCUGCAGAAUGAAUGAAGACACCUGCCUAACCAUCAUUGGAAUGAACUCUUUGGGUGGUGGAGAUACCACAGAGACCCUCAAGACCUGCAUUGCUGCUGACAACUGCUAUGCUGGUUCCAUCAGCGUCACCACCAACGCUGGGCUCCACCUACAGAGCAUCUCCAGCUGCUGCCAGGAUGACCUCUGCAACCGUUGGGAACUGAGCUUGCCGCCAAUGAACCUCACCUUCAAUGGACUGCAGUGCCCAGUUUGUUCCAUGUUUGGUUCCAAUCACUGCAAGGGAACUGAGAUGCUGAAUUGCACAGGAAUGGACAAUCACUGCAUCAUAGUAUCUGGGACACUGAAUGCUGGUGGUCUUCCCUCCAUAUUCACGGCAAGAGGCUGCAGCACAGAGACGGCCUGCUCUUUGCCCCUGGGGACGGCUCUUUACUCUGCGGGAGCGGUCUUCAACCUCGACAGGGUUGCGUGCAACCCAGCACCGAAAGCCAGCAGUGACUAAGAGAGAAGGCGGCUGGGGGGACAAGGAACCCUCUUGCAGCCCUCUCCUUUCACUGCUCUGCCAGCUUUGCCGAACGUCAGCUUCUCUUUCUGUGGUGCCGUUUGGCCAGGAUUCU